AGAUAUCGGUCAGAACUAAGGGAGAACGUAGGGGAGUCCGAGAGUGCGUGUGCGAUACACCAUGCAAGGACUUGACCCGGGACCCAUGCGGAGGGUAUAAGCUCAGUGAGCUACCCGAUACAGUUAGUAGUGAGGUAACGUGUAAUGUGCAAAGCAGUCUGACUGUUAGCCGCCCCUACUCCGGCUAGGAUACAGCCGUAAACUUCCAACAGGUUAUGAGCCCCGCGUGAGUGGCGGGUUUGCCCUUUAUUUGUUAAGAGUCUAACAAAAUAACCUAAGUGGCCAAGUGGCCAGCCUGUGAGGCACAAAGAUGAGCGAAGAUGCCAACGUCGCUAAGCCGUUCCAGCUUACAUCAGCUAAUGCGCACCUAUGGAGGUCUGCGCUUGAGAUUUAUGCUCGAUGGAAGGGCCUCGCUUUGGCGGUGGACAACGAGAUAGCGCCGGCGGCUGACAUCGAGAAGCUGACGGCGCUUGCUCUAAGUCACGUGAGGAGCGGCGACCAGAUGAUAUACAACGAGGUCGCACAAGCAGUGGCUACGCACAACGCUACCGCCAAGGACGACGCCAAGUGGAACAAGGCGAGGAAGCUUUUGGAUAAGUUUGAGGGCCACUAUAAGCGCAUGGCGGUCCUGCACCACAGCCUUUGGGAGAAGGAGCUGCGGGAGCUGCGCAUGCAGAAGGAUGAGGAGAUUAGCCACCUGUUCCAGCGCGUCACCGACCUAGUCAUGAAGUUGGUUUGGUCGGGAUGCCGUGGCUUCGCCGAGGACAAGCGCGAGGAGCUCAUCGUGCUGAACGUCUUCAGUGCGUUGCCCAAGGAGUACGCUGCUGUCGCGUACGCUGCCACGGAGCAAUACCGUGGCAGCAUGUACAGUGUUGUGGACGCAGAGACCCGGAUUAUCGGGUUCCACAACACCCUGGCGAGCAUGGGCAAUGAGGACCAGGGCAGCGGCGAGCCGUCCACAUCGGUGGCGGCAGUGGGCGUCGGUGGCUACCGCGGCGGUGGUGGAGGCUACCGCGGCGGGCGUGGGGGUCGCGGCGGACGCGGCGGCCGGUGGGGCCGCGGCGGCCGCGGCCAGGAGGACUUGAGCACCGUCGAGUGCUACAAGUGCCACCAGUUCGGGCACUACCAGGGACAGUGCCCCCUGAACGCUGCCGGGAACGGCGGCGGCGGCGGCGGUGGCGGUGGCCGCGGCCGUGGCGACUACGGUGGGCGUGGCCGUGGACGCGGAGUGCGUCCCUGAGGCGGAUUGCAACCUCAUGUCGCGCGAGACUAUGCUGGAGGCUGGGGCUGAAUGGAACCGCACCUACCGCGCGGUGGGUUCCGAGGAGCACUACUUUGACUGCGACAGCAACGUCGCAUUCAUGACAGCGGAGUCACGCGCCGGUAAGCUAUGGGUGCGCGUGGUCGGCGUGGGUCCGCCGCCGACUAACAUCGGCGGCGGCAUGGACGGUGUGCACAACACCGACCCCGCCGACGGUGCCGCUGGUCCGUCCAGCGGCGCCAACUCCGGCAGUCAGCCCAGCCCAGGGGCCAGCAAGGGAGUCAGCAGUAGCAGCGACAAGGGGGUCGGCGUAAGCACCAGCAGCAGCGCUGGUGUCGAUAGCAGUGGUCGCAGCGCCGGCGGCAGCGCAAGCACGCAGCGCAGACAGAGUGGUCUCGAGAUGCUUCUCAGCGCUAGCAGAUCCUUUAAGCCAAUAAUAGAGCCGGUACCAGCGCCGGCAGAAAAAGAACAGCCACAGCUGAGCAGGGAGCAGCUGCGCCUGCGGCUGUGUGCCGGCAGAUGGCACCGCCGAUACGGGCACCUUAGCAUGGGCGCACUAGCAGGGAUGGUGCGCAAUGGCAGUGUGACGGGCUUGGACGUGCCCGCGGAGGUCUUCGAGCAGCUCGCCCGCGAGGGGCAUUGCGACACCUGUGCGUUAACCAAGCAGGUCAGCAUGUCGUAUAAGGCGACAGGGUCCAGGGCGGCGGCGCCGCUAGACCUCCUCCACACUGACAUCUGGCAGGGUGACAUGAAGUCCCGCGGCGGGCACCUGUACGUGUUAACGGUGCUAGACGACUACAGCAAGCUAUCACGGAUAGCACUAAUGAAGCACAAGUCAGAGGCGCCCACCAAGUUGAUGGAUAUGAUUCGAGAGUGGCAGUGUCAUUUGGGGCGCAAGGUGAAGGAAGUUCAGUCUGAUCGUGGGAGUGAGUACAUGAGUCAGCAAAUGCAAGAGUUCUUCAGGGAGCAGGGAAUUGUUCACCUGACGUCUGCCCCGUAUACGCCGCAGCAGAAUGGCGCGGCGGAGCGUGUGCAGCAGACGAUAGCGCGGACGGCGCGGGCAAUGCUGGCGGAUGCGGAUUUGAGCGCUGAUCUGUGGGGUGAGGCCAUGGUUACGGCGAACGUCAUUCGCAACCGCUCGCCAACCACCGGGAACAGCAAGACCCCGUUCGAGCUGUUCACAGGUCGGCUCCCGAGCCUGGAGAUGAUGCGGUGUGUGAAAUCGCAGGUACGGUGAAGUGAAGCCGUAAGUACAGCGAAUGUGGGAGCAUUCGGACACGGGGGAGCCGUGCAGAUAUGAUUGAGUAUGGAUUUCCGGAUGGAAUUGAUUGCGGUAGAAACCGUAUUGAUUUGUGCUGAUUAUGGACGAUGCAGUGAGGAAGACGUGAUCUUGAGGACACGAGAACAUGGGACGAUUGCAGUAGCACAGUGACUACAAGCGGCAAGCGUACGAGGUAUGCAAGGAAUUGUUUGUAGCACGUGAUUUGAGGUAGGAGGCUAUUGCGAUACGUAAUUUGAGUAUGGAGUUCUGCCCGCGGGGGAGUGUUGAGAUAUCGGUCAGAACUAAGGGAGAACGUAGGGGAGUCCGAGAGUGCGUGUGCGAUACACCAUGCAAGGACUUGACCCGGGACCCAUGCGGAGGGUAUAAGCUCAGUGAGCUACCCGAUACAGUUAGUAGUGAGGUAACGUGUAAUGUG